UGAUUACUGUAAGACACUCAAGUAGUAAAAUAUUGACCUCGGAGUUGCUUCUUUAAUCCUAAGUCUCCAUCCUCUAUCUCAUCCCCUUUGACAGAGCAGGAUCUAGAUCUCACCUCGCUUCCAUGGAAGUCUCCUACCCUGUUUCUUCGACAGCUUGAGAAUUGAUCCGGCAACCUAGCUCGGAAGAAAUCAUCACAAGCUUAAUUUCCCCUCGACUAGGUUGCAGCUGCAGGGCCUCGAUCAGCAGGGGUUCCGUGACAUUUAUUGCAAAUGGAACGCCUAUUUACUAUCGAACGAAGGGACCUGGAGUGCAUGCUAUCUGAUGGAACGGCAGAGCCCAUGGCCCUGCCGCUCACACUUCUGCGAGAUAUCACCGAUGAUUUCUCUGAUGCGCAUGAAAUUGGCAUAGGUGGGUUUUCAGUGGUUUAUAAGGGAAAGAUUGGGAAUAGGACUGUGGCAGUUGAGAGGAUGUUCAAUACGUAUAGGUAUGAAGACAUGUUCCAACAAGAACUUGAAUGUCUCGUGAAGGUGAAACACAAAAAUGUAGUACGGUUUCUAGGAUAUUGUGUUAAUACACAGGGAAUUUUGGCAACCUACAACGGAAAAAUGGUCAUGGCAGAUGCACGAGAACAGUUGCUCUGCUUCGAGUAUCUUCCUAAAGGGAGUCUUGAUAAGUAUAUCACUGAUACAUCUCACAAACUUCAGUGGACAGACUGCUUUCAAAUUAUCACAGGAAUUUGUCAGGGGUUAAAUUAUCUCCAUCAGAAAAGAAUUGUCCACUUAGAUCUAAAACCCCGAAACAUUUUGUUGGAUGAUAAUUUCGUGCCGAAAAUUGCUGGUUUCACUCUAUCUAGGUGCGUUGUUGAAUCAGAAGACUGGGUUACUACUUCAAUGAUUGGAACACCUGAAUAUGUGCCACCAGAAUGUUUUAAUGAUACUGAAAUGACAUGCCGGUAUCCGUACGAUCGUGAUAUCUACAGUGUUGGUGUAACAAUCAUGGAGAUACUCAUUGGAAAGAAGGGGUAUCAUGACAUCAACAUGGUAGUUGAAAGUUGGAGUGACAUGGCGGACAAAUCACAUAGCGACGUACAGAUGGAACAGGUACGCAUAUGUGCUGAGAUAGCAAUAGCGUGCAUCGACUUCAACCCGGCAAAGAGACCGGAUGCACAACAUAUAAUCAGUAGACUCGAUCAGAUAGAAACUAUGGGCGGAUAUGUCAAAACUGGCAUGAUUACUUCACAUCAGGCCGAGGAUGCUCCAAAUGAACUUCAUCUAGAUACACCUGACACGCCAAGAGAGGCAAGCUCCAAGGUGUUAAAGAUUGGCGUCGGUGCUAUCUCAAAACGGAACUUGAAGAAAAGAAAGAUUCGGGCGGCCAUGGAAAACAAUCCUCACCAUUCUGCUUGGCUUAAGGGGACGAGAGAGAUGGAGGAGGACCCAAUUACUGUUUUGCUCGGGCCCUCGGGCCCUCUCUUCCAGAAGCUCCGUUCUGUCAUUGCUUCGCAAGACAGUCGGCUGAAGAGGGUUAAGGUCGAGAUCCAGUUUCUCGGCCAAGGACUCAAGGGAUUGUGCAACGGGUUCAACAAGGAUCUAUUUGAGGCACCGCAGGAUAGCAUUACCAGGUGCUGGAUGAGGCAGGUCCGGGAUCUGUGCUAUGAUACGACAGACUACCUCGACGAGGUCAUGCACUUCAUCCAAUACUCCGGUACAGGUAGGGGUAAGACCCGCCUUUUUGGGGGCAAACGUCUUGGAUCCAAGAUCUUUCGGGUUUCUUGCAGGCUCACCUGGGUUUCGUUGCCAAAAGUGAAAAAGUUGAAGCGAGGCCCCAUGAUUGCAAAAUUAUCAGCAUUGCUAGCUCGUGUCGAGGAUGCAGAUGAAAGACGCGAAAGAUUCAAUAUUUCUCCACGAGAAACCAGCACACAUGACCAUUCACAAGCCACCAGCACCAGUGUCGGUCACCUCAUGGCCCAACUUCCUAUCCAACUCCACGUCGACAACCUCAUCAGGCUGCUGGCCUUGGACCAUGACGACAAUGUGAUAGAGAAAAAACUCAAGGUCGUAACUAUCUUUGGACCUGCAAGUGCUGACAAGACAGCAGUUGUGAGGACCUAUUAUCACCAGUAUGGAGGGAAGUUCCAGUACCGGGCUUUUCUACGGGUGUCUCGAGAUCCAGAUAUGUGGAGGCUUCUCACAGACAUGAUCUCACAAAUCAAGGCGCCACUGACGCAUACCAUUUCUGAUGUCCAAGGACUUACUGGCCGUAUCACCAAACAUCUGCAAGGAAAAAGGUACUUAAUUAUAAUAGAUGAUCUAUGGUCCACGCCAGUCUGGGAUAUUAUUAUCCGAGCUCUCCCUGAUGGUGAUUAUUGCAGAAUAAUAGCGACAACACAGGUUGAGGAUGUAGCACUGGCAUGCUGCAGUUACCAGUUAAAGCAUAUAUAUAAGAUUACUCCUCUUAAUGAUGAUCAAUCAGGAGAAUCCGAGGGUGGUUGUACUACAUAUCCUAGUUCUGAAGUGAUGAAAGAAGCUCUAAACCUUGUGUAUAAUAAUCUUCCACCCCAUUUGAAGGCAUGCUUGUUAUAUAUGAAUAUGUAUCCAGAAGGAUACACGACCAGGAAGGAUGAAUUGGUGAAGCAAUGGGUUGCUGAAGAUUUUAUCGGCUCGGUACACGGACAAGACAGAGAGAACACUGCAGGAAGUUAUUUUGAUGCCCUCAUCAGUAGUGGACUGGUCCAAUCCGUAGAUACAGAUCAUAAUGGUGAGGUGUUGUCAUGUACGCUUCACCACAUGGUACUGGAUCUUAUCAGACAAAAAUCCAUGGAGGAGAAUUUCGUCACUAUUGUGAACUAUUUUCAAACAAUUCUAGGACUUCCUGACAAGGUCCGUAGACUAUCUGUCCAGUUGGGAGGUGCAAAAGGUGCAAAUACUAUACAGGAAAAUAUGAGAAUAUCACAAGUUAGAUCACUUUUAUUUUCUGGAUUCUUCAAAGGUGUACCCUCCAUUGUAGAAUAUGGGCUUCUUCAAGUUUUGAUUCUUCAUAUUUGGUCUGAUCAAGACAUGACUUUUGAUCUCACUUCAAUUGGUGAACUAUAUCGACUGAGAUAUCUGAAGAUUGAGUGUAAUAUCACCGUCAAGCUUCCAGGCAAGAUUCGAAGGCUGCGGCACUUGAGUACUCUGCAAGUAGAUGCAAGAUUAUCUGCUAUUCCAUCUGAUAUUGUUCAUCUGGAUAAGUUACUGCACCUCCGCCUUCGGAGUGAGUCUAUUUUGCCUCAUGGGGUUGGCCAUAUGACAUCUCUUCGUACUCUGGGUUAUUUUGAUCUCAACAGUAACCCAAAGAUCAAUUUGAUGGGUCUUGGGAAGCUGACAAAUCUGCAGAAUCUUCAGCUCACCUGUUCUACAGUACAGCCAGCUGAAAAUCUUGAAAAGAAUAUGCAACUCCUGGGUACAGUUCUUGAGAAACUCAGCAUCCUGCAGUCUGUAACUCUGGUACCUGCUACAGGCUCCUCCAAUGUAAAUACUCUGCAGGAUGAUACUGGUGCUUCAAACAUGAUCAUUUCAUGUGAUGGCUUCAGCAGCGCGUCCCCUGCCCCAGCCCAUCUUCGGAGACUCAAGUUGUCGCGUGGCUGCUGCAUCUUCUCCAGACUACCAAGGUGGGUUGGUGAACUUGCGCAACUCCGCAUUCUUAAGAUUGCAGUUAAGGAGCUGUCGAAGGAAGAUACUGAUAUCCUGAAAGGAUUACCUGCCCUCGCUGUUCUCUCUUUGCAUGUGAUGACAACGUCUCCAGAAAUGAUUGUCUUUGGCAAGGGAGGAUUCUCAGUUCUCAUAUACUUCAAGUUCACGUGCACAGUGCCUUGGCUGAAAUUUGAAGAGAAUGCAAUGCCUAAUCUCCAAAAGCUCAGGCUAGGUUUCAAUGCUACGACAGUGGAUAAACAAGGGAUCAUUAUUGAGCACUUGUCAUGCAUUAAAGAGAUAUCUGCAAUAAUUGGUUGUGUGAGCGUUGGCGCAGAGUCUGCCUGCCAGAAAGCAAUUAUGAACGAUCCAAGAAAUCCUAAAGUGCAAUGGAUGGGCUCGAUUUAUGUUGGCGACGAAGGUACAGGACACGUGGUGACACAUGAAGCCCAGGAAUAUUACAGAGCUCAAGGUAAGGUUUCAGGGGGAGGUGAAAUCAUGGAUGAAACUGAUGGAAUUCAAGAUGAGAACAAUGAAGUCGCUAGUAAAAGCAAUCCAAGAAAUCAAAUGCUGCAAUCCAUGGGUUCAAUUUAUUAUGGUGGCGAAGGUAGAGAAAUGGUGACACACAGUGGUGGACCCAGAAACCGACCAAGGGAGGAGCUAAGUGGGACGAUGAUUGUUCAGGAGGUGCUGGUCUGGUUACUGAUGAGCAUCAUCUUCAUGUUUGUCUUCGUGCUUCUGGCCAUAAGCGUGUUGGAAUGGUUGGUCUAGCUCAUCAUCCGCUCAGUCAUCAUUUUGAAGCAGCAUUCCAUGGCCACUAGUUGGGAUGUUGCCGCAGCUGGCUGGGCCAUUGUGCUGGGCUGGUUGAUGUUGCCCAUCAUCGCCUUUCUCUUGUCCAAGAUCCUUUCCUUUCUGGUCUUCGACGCAUCCAAGAAACUCCUGGAACUGGAGACCUGCAUCAUCCCGGAACUGCAGCACACGAUGCAGGCAGUGGAUCAAGAGAGGAUGAUAAAGAGAUCAGAAAAACUGAAACCUGAUGUAGCCACACUGGACAAGAUGGCCGCCAUGCUGAGGCACGCCCAGGAGCAAGUGGAAGACAUCUUCGAUGAUGCUAAGCAAAAGAUCGUCAGUGGCGACAUUCUCUCUGGCGCCGUGCAGACCAGCACUGGUUGCUUCAACAGGAGCCGUCUGACGAUUACAGGAAUCAUCCGGAGCGGAUCGUCCCGGCUACUGCAGUGGACGCAGAGCAUCUCCACCUUGUUUCGGUGGUUCCGAUGCAUGCGUGGAUUUCUGUUAUCUACCAUAUGUUAUGCCGACCAGACUGCACCCUCAAAUUUCUCGGGGAGAUGGUCCUAUUGCUUGUGCAGCUCCUUUGACUUGUUCAAUAACUGUUGUAAGUCCAUGCUCUACUGGUUAGUUCGUAUGGUUGAGUUUGCCCGCUUGUAUCUGUUGGAGUUGUGUCGAAUAUAGUGUACAAGGUAGGUUACAGUUGGACUUGUAGUUGUAUUGUGUUUAAAUAGGAUGCCCUCGGAUUCCUGA